AUGUCUCCGCAACGCGGGGCCUUGGACAAUGAUGGCGAGCUAAUGUCCCCGCAUUCUUUUAUUGAGUUGAUGGCGCUUCAACGACUCGAAGAUACCUUGAUCUCGCAUUCCGACACCACUAAGUCAGAAAAGAUUGAGCGGUUCCGCUCGCUAGCAACACCUUACAAUCCUGGGCAGGGAACACGCUCGUUCGGCGGACAUGUCUACGCCCAAUCAGCCUAUGCGGCGUCCAAGACCGUCGGCCAGGGGUUUGUGAUUCACGAUAUGACAGGCACAUUCAUCCUAGGAGGACGGCUCGACACACCAUACGUGUACACAGUGCGACAUCUCCGCGAUGGGUUCAUGUACAGCACACGAGCCGUCGAUGCACGUCAAGCAGGCAGAAUCUGCUUUUCGUGUAUAUGCUCCUUCAAGCGUGAUGAGAAGCAGCAUCCCUUCCAGCACCAGCCGACAUCGGCACAAACGCGCUUCAAUUCAAUCCUUUCGGCAAAACGGCCAGAAGAUCAGUCUCCUAGUCCCAGUGUGGACGCAGAAUGGUGGAUCGAUGCUGUGCGGCAGGGAAAUAUCUCUGAGCACGAUUUUCCUGGUCUGGACGUGCGCAAGACCGACAUGAAGGAUUACAACAUCUCCGAGGAUAUCAAGCAGCAUCCUGAGCGGUAUCGCCAGCUAACACAGUACCGGCUCAAAGGAUCACCAGACGAGGAUCCUACUGCGAGCUUGGCGCAGAUCCGGGAGAGGGAAGAGAAGGGGGAAUAUGAUAACUUGUAUGCGUGUGCGCAUAUGUAUUCCAGUGACAAGAACUCGCUUCUUCUGAUUCCGCGCGCGCUAGGGAUCAAACAUUGGGCUGAGAUGGCGAGUCUUACGCUUACGGUUAUCGUGCAUCAGCAUGGGGACGCUCUGCGGAUGGUUGAUUGGGAGAGAAUUGACAAUAACGACGUUAGCGGUGUGAGCGAGCUGCCUAUGAAGUGGUUCGUGCAGGAGGGGUGGACACCUCGGGCUGGGGAGAAUAGGGCGACGCAUGAAAGUCAUCUUUGGAGCCCUGAUGGGACGCUGGUGGCGACAUCAUUGCAGGAUAGUAUGUUGCGCUUGAGGAAGCUGAAGGUUGCAAACUUGUGA